UCGCCCGCCGGCUCCGCGCCGGACGGCUGCCCACUGGGGAGCUGCGCCUCCGGGUCGCGGCGCCUCCGGGUCGCGGCGGCUUGGUCUCGGCUCUCCGCCCUGCCGGCUUGGAUUUGCCCUCGACCCCCGGAGCCAUGGAGGUCGUGCUGCCCGCGGACCUGCGGCAGGACGCCAGCGUGGCCAAGAGGAGACACGCCGACUUGUGCAGGCAGAAGCGGGUCUUCGACGCCAGGAGCAGGAUCAUUGGGGGAGACACAGAAGCCUGGAACUCCCAGGUUCAUGACCAGAAGAUAAGAGAAGCAACUGAAAGAGCUAGACAUGAAACCUUUGCUACUGAAAUGAGGCAAAAUGACAAGAUCACAUGCAUAUUAGAAGAUCGGGAAAGGAGAGAUAGGAAAACUCUCAGUAGAGCUACCAAUGAUUUCCAGCAGAGCUUUCAGAGGCCAGAAACUCGCCGUGAAUUUGACCUGUCUGACCCCCUAUCCCUUAAGAAAGCUCUUCCAGCCCGGCAGUCAGAUAAUGACAUCCGGAAUACCAUAUCAGGAAUGCAAAAGUUCAUGGGGGAGGAUUUAAACUUCCGGGAGAGGAAGAAAUUCCAAGAGGAACAAAACAGAGAAUGGUCCUUGCAACAGCAACGGGAAUGGGAGAGGGCUCGUGCCCACCAGAAAUGUGCAGAGGACCUCUACUUGCAGACGAGGCUCAAGUUUGAUGAAACAGCAAGGCACCUGCAGAUGCUGGAAAGCAACGCCAGAAGGGCCGUCUGUGCAGCUGUGAAAGAGUUCAACAGGAACCAGGCCAUAGAGUCACAAGAAAGGAAAAAACUUGAGAAAAAGCAGGAGGAGGAAGACAACCUGGCCGAGAUCUCCAACCUGCUUCACGGGGACUUGCUGUCUGAGAACCCGCAGCAGGCGGCCAGCUCCUUUGGUCCCCACCGUGUGAUCCCAGGCCGCUGGAAGGGAAUGUCCCAGGAGCAGCUGGAACAGGUCCACCUCACUCAGAAGCAGCAAGUCCUGGAGAAGCUGAGGCUGCAGGAGGAGGAGUGCCAGCGGGACAUGGACUGGGACCAGCGGAGGAUCCAGAAGGCUCGCGAGGACCUGAUGUAUGAACGGCAGAUGCAGCGACACCAACGAGACCUGCGCAGGGCCCUGGACAGCAGCAACCGCAGCCUGGCCAGGCAACAGUGUCUGCAGAAAAAACACAUGGAUGAAGUCAGUACCAAUCAGCUCACAGGAGAUUAUUUCACACAAUUUAAUACCAGCAGUCGAUGAGAAGGACGCCCUCACUCCCCUGGGUCACGUGUGAAGUGUGGCAACCUUAAAGAGUCGUUAUUUAAAAAG